UUUGUGGUGCGUUCAGUUCUUUGUUGUUGUUUGGCCCUCGCAUUUCGUCCGUCGCCAGAAUUUUAUUGAUAUGCGCGCUAUUCGGUGAUAAGCAGUGUACUUAACAAAUCAGCGACUGUUGACAAUUAGUAAUGGCCAGUGUGGGAACAGCCUGAGAUGCUAAAAUAGAAGCCCCCAUUCGGAGACGAAUUGCAAGUGCAAACUGCAGCGCGGUGCAGCGUAUACGCGCUUCAGUGCAGCGCCGAUCAACGGAACGGAUCCGAUCUGGACUGGACUGGACUGAGCUCAAGCUCUAGAAUAGGCAGCCAUGAAGUUCGCCGAGCACCUGUCGGCGCACAUAACGCCCGAGUGGCGCAAGCAAUACAUCAACUAUGAGGAAAUGAAGGCCAUGCUGUAUUUGGCCGUGGAGGAGGCGCCAUCGGUGGAAAGCGUCGAGGAUGAUGUGCUGAAGCGGCAUUUUGCCAACUUCGAUGAGAACUUCUUUCACUUCUGCGACAAGGAGCUAAAGAAGAUCAACACAUUCUACUCGGAGAAGCUGGCGGAGGCCACGCGCAAGUUUGCCACCCUGAAUGCCGAGCUGAAGACCUCCAUCGAGGAGUCGGAGCGGAGUGCCAAGAAGUCCAAGGGUCAGAAGCGGCAUGCCGCACUGCCCGAUCGCAAGGCCCGCGAACUGAAGUUGGCCUUUAGCGAGUUUUAUCUGAGUCUGAUCCUCCUGCAGAACUAUCAGAACCUCAAUCACACCGGCUUUCGCAAAAUACUCAAGAAGCACGAUAAACUUCUACGCGUUGAUACCGGCGCCAAGUGGCGGCAGGAGUACGUGGAGGCGUCGCACUUCUUCACCAACAAGGACAUCGACAACAUCAUCAAUGAGACGGAGACGACGGUCACCGGCGAACUGGAGGGCGGCGAUCGGCAGCGGGCCAUGAAGCGGCUGCGAGUGCCGCCGCUGGGCGAGCAGCAGAGUCCGUGGACGACCUUCAAGGUGGGCCUCUUCUCCGGCAGCUUCAUAGUGCUGGGCAUUGUGGUGGUGCUGUCGGCCAUCUUCCACGAGAUCAGCGGCGAGAAUCUGAAGGUGACGUUCCGCCUGUACCGCGGACCGCUGCUCAUCAUCGAGUUCAUCUUCCUGAUCGGCGUCAACAUCUACGGCUGGCGGUCGUCGGGCGUCAAUCAUGUGCUCAUCUUCGAGCUGGAUCCGCGCAAUCAUCUAUCCGAGCAGCAUCUCAUGGAGCUGGCGGCCAUUUUCGGUGUCGUGUGGACGCUCAGCAUGCUGAGUUUCCUGUACAGCGCCAGUUUGGCCAUACCGGCGUUCAUCAAUCCGCUUACGCUGACGCUGAUCAUGGUGCUGUUCCUGGCCAAUCCGUUCCAUGUGCUCCAUCACGACGCUCGCUUCUGGCUGUGGCGCAUCACGGGUCGCUGCCUGUCCGCCCCGUUCUUCCAUGUGGGCUUCGCCGACUUCUGGCUGGGCGAUCAGCUGAACUCGCUGGCCACCGCCAUCCUGGACUUUGAGUAUCUCAUCUGUUUCUACUUCACCAACGGCAACUGGACGGAGGCGAGGGAUGCCUCCAUUUGCAUGGAGAAGGACUUCAUUAUACGGCCAAUUGUCAAUUGUCUGCCCGCUUGGUUUCGAUUCGCACAAUGCCUGCGGCGAUAUCGCGAUUCGCGGGAGGCCUUUCCCCAUUUGGUCAACGCCGGCAAAUACUCAACCACCUUCCUGGUAGUGAUCUUCGCCACCCUCAAGAGCUUUCACAGUCCGAACUAUGCCAGCACCUUCGACAAUCCCUAUACCUGGUUGUGGAUCAUCGCCUCGAUUGUGUCCUCGUGCUAUGCCUACACCUGGGACAUCAAGAUGGAUUGGGGUCUGUUCGACAAGAAUGCCGGCGAGAAUACUUUCCUGCGCGAGGAAGUCGUCUACUCGUCGACGGGUUUCUACUACUUUGCCAUUGUGGAAGAUCUGGCGCUGCGCUUUAUUUGGGCGCUGUCUUUCUACCUCACCGAGAUGAAGAUCGUGAGCGGCGACAUAAUGACCUCCAUCACAGGCAUCCUGGAGGUGUUCCGUCGCUUUGUUUGGAACUUUUUCCGCCUGGAGAACGAGCAUCUGAACAAUUGCGGCAAGUUCAGAGCGGUGCGCGACAUAUCGAUAGCGCCGCUGGACUCCUCCGACCAGGCGCUCAUCCUUCGCAUGAUGGACGAGACGGAUGGCGUGAUCAAUCGCUAUACGAAGACGAACCGACCCAAGCCCAAGAAGGUCAAGGAUCCGGAGAAGCGGAGCCUGCUGCAGACGCGCGGUUCGCUGCCCGACCUUCGCAUCGAUAUGGACAGCAAGAAAUUGUAGACAGCCAGCAGCGCCGUCCACCGAGUUGUGCUUCCUAAUGAACGAUUUUGCGGAACGUGUUGUACGACAGUCUAUCCAUAAUUCAAUUUACACCCAUUUUUUUUUGUUUAAAUUAAUUUUUUUUUCGCAUUGUUUAGCUAAUUUGUAUAUUUAGUGACUAAGUACUUAAAGUUGAGGAGAGACAAUGUCCAGCAAUAAUUAGUGCAUAAGUUCUCUAACUAAUUUAGCAUUCCAUUUAUGCGAUUAACAAACGAAAAAGACCAAACCUCUAUAUAUCUAUAACCUGUUAACCAGUAACCUGUAACCCGUAACCCGUAACCCCUAGCCCCUAAGCCACAUUUCCACGUUUCCAAAUCCAAUUCGAAAUCCACACCUUCCACACCAAUUGGAGUCGAGAACGGCAGUAUUAGUACUUAGAAAAGGCGAACAAAAUAACUAAAAUCCAAGCAAAUUAAAAAAAAACAAAAAAAAAACAAGCUGCAUUGCCUGCAGUCACCACAUUCCCUUGUCUAUCUAUCAAGUGUUGUCAGUGUUUGUCAAUUAGUCAUUUAGUUAGAUUUGCCUUAUCUGUUUUUUGUCUGUCCACCUUUUGAUUGAUAUGCGACAUGCUAUAGACUGUGACACAACCGAAACUUAAACUGAAACUAAACCUUAAAUUGAAACUUAAACUGAAACAGAAACUUAAACUUAAACAGAAACUUAAAACGAAAGGAAUUGUAAAUAGAAUGCAUAUAAUUGUGUCUGCGAGUGUGUUUCUCUCAGUAUGUGUGUGUGUGUGUGUGUGUGUGUAAGCAGGGUCUAGAAUUCCAAAGUAGAUUUGAUAAUACUGAAUGAGAACAUUAAAAACAGUUUCUAAAAGUGCAUUGUAUAUACGAACAAACCAUAGAGCUGUCUACAAAAUAUAUAUAUAUGCUUAUAGGCUUAAGAACAUUUUGUCAGAUAUAUAAUGAAGACUUUGUCAAUUUUUGCCAUAACUAGCUCGCAUUUUGAGCACUACUUUACCCCUGAAUUUGCCUUGUCAAAAUAAAUUAGUCUUACGUAUGUGUAAAGUUGCUUUUGAUACCAAUACAAAGAAAAACGAAUGCACAAAAUCGGAACUACUUACAAAACAAUGUGUUUGUAAAAUCGCUAGACAUUUCUGAAAGUAGUUAAUCAAAGAUAUCUCUAGGGAUUUCAAAAACACACUGCUUUGUAUUAUACUCAAGUUCACAAAUCUUGACCUUAAGCUAACUAGUUAACUAAGCCAUACACACACACAAUAUGUAUUGUACACCUUUGCUAACAAAACCCGAACACAAGUAACGAAAUAAAGACGGCUUGAAGUAUGCAGCAAUAAAAAAAAAAUUUCGAAAUAAUAUCCAAAACCCACCGAUCCUCAUCUCAUCGUGUAAGUAUUAACAGAUAUUUUCCAAUACCGCCGAGA